AUGCAGCACAGCGGCCUGAUGCCGAAAAGUGUGACGCCCAUCGCACGACGCUUGCCAGGCACGAGCGGCCGUGAGCUCGAGUCCGGCAAGCCGAGGCCGUCUCCCGGCAGCAGCGGCAUUUGGGAACAGUUCAAGAAGACGCCGUCGUCACGACCCUCCAUUCUGGAGGGUCUCAACCCGACCGAUGGGGUCGUUCGGGUUCGCCAACCGAUUCGAGCCUCGCGACCGUCGCCAAGACUGGUACCUUCGCUCGACGUGUCGACAAGCCUCAGCUCGGCGUACACAGCGACGGCGCAUUUGCCCAACACUUGGUCCAGUCCAACCGACCCUCGAGCGCCCACUCCGACCGGCCUCGGCGGCAUCGGUCGGUACCGGCAGAUCGGCUCAGUUGCCAGGCCAACAAUCUACCCUCCGUCGGCUCGGUUGCUGGGCGUCGGGCAGCCCAGCUACCGCGACAAUGUGUCGUCCGUGAGACCGGCCUAUUUCACGCCGUUCCAUCCGGCCUCGACGCAGAGCAGAUUCGUCGCUCUCGCCUCCCACGACCUCCUGGCUCGAGCCCUGUUCACGCCGGCCUCGGACGGCCGAUUGACUCGGCCGACGACACGAAAACGUCUGCUGCCGCAUUCUCUGUUCUCCGCCGAUGCGCCCACUUCCGCCUCGUCUGGGCCGAUGCGUGGCAGUCUCGAGAGCCUCGCCUGCUCGAGUGCCUUGUUCGAGGCCGGCCGACUGCAGGACUGGCAGUUGACCAAUCAAAGCCAUCAGACGCUGCCACGGUUCAGGACUCCGCCGUACCAGACGGCGCAGAACUCGCUCCGUCUGCCGGUCCCCUCGAGCUGGGACGUCGAGAUGGGCUCUCUGCUGGACCACAUGCACGGCGGACCGCAGUGGUACUCGGUGAGGUCGAGACCCACCGCCAGGACCCUGCCGUCGGGUUGGAUGAAAGCGAAUCCGCGAUUGAUGGGGACGACCAAGAAGGGGUCGAGAGCAGACGAGUCUGAAAAGACAGACGCG